GCACACCACAACACAGAGAGAGAGAGCUAGCUGUGCUUGUGUCGCUCUGCUCACUCCCACUCCCGUAAGAUGGCAAACGCCCAGGACGUGCACAUGGACGGCGGCCUCGCCGGCUGCGCACCGUUCGGCUCGAGCACGACGACGCUGUCCGUUCACAAUGAGGAGGAGACGGCCAUGCUCCCCAUCACUGUGGCCGUAGGUGGCAACAAGCCCAGCGGCCGGUACAUCCUCGUGUCGGGCCGCGCCGACGAGAAGGACGGCCUGUGCCAAGCGAUCACCACGGCCGCCCUCAAGCCUCGGGUCACGUACCGCGUGGCCGGGUGGAUCAGCCUCGGCGCACGCGCAGCGCGGGGGGCCACGGUGCGCGUCAACCUCGGUGUGUCGGACGACGACGGCAAUGGCGACGAGAGCCUGGUGGAGUGCGGCGCGGUGUGCGCUGGGUCAGACGGGUGGACAGAGAUCAUGGGCGCCUUCCGACUCAGCACGGAGCCGCGCAGCACCGCGGUUUACGUCCAGGGCGCCCCCGCCGGCGUCGACGUCAAGGUCAUGGAUCUUCGUGUCUUCCACGCGGACCGCAAGGCGCGCUUCACGCAACUCAAGGACAAGACUGACAAGGCGCGCAAGAGGGACGUGGUUCUCAAGCUGGGCGCGGCGACGGGAGCGGCGCGCGUGCGCGUCGUGCAGUUGGACAACAGUUUCCCUUUCGGGACAUGCAUCAACACGACGGUCAUCCAGAACCCAGCCUUCGUCGACUUCUUCACCAACCACUUCGACUGGGCCGUCUUCGAGAACGAGCUCAAGUGGUACCACACGGAGGCGCAGCAAGGGCAGCUCAACUACGCCGACGCCGACGCGCUCCUCGACUUCUGCGACCGCCUGGGCAAGCGCGCCCGCGGCCACUGCGUCUUCUGGUCCACGGACGGCGUUGUGCAGAAGUGGGUCAAGAACCUCGACCGCGACCAGCUCAGGUCCGCCGUCCAAAGCCGCAUCCAGGGCCUGGUGUCCCGCUACGCCGGCAGAUUCCCGCACUACGACGUCAACAACGAGAUGCUGCACGGCCGCUUCUUCCGGGACCGCCUCGGCGACGAGGACGUCCCGGCGUACAUGUUCAAGGAGGUGGCGCGGCUGGACCCGGAGGCCGCGCUCUUCGUCAACGACUACAACGUGGAGUGCGGCAACGACCCCAACGCGACGCCGGAGAAGUACGCCGACCAGGUCGCAUGGCUGCAGAGCUGCGGCGCGGUGGUGCGCGGCAUCGGGCUGCAGGGCCACAUCAGCAACCCCGUCGGGGAGGUCAUCUGCGGCGCCCUAGACAGGCUCGCCGCCACGGGCGUGCCCGUCUGGUUCACCGAGCUGGACGUGUGCGAGGCCGACGUUGGCCUCCGCGCCCAGGACCUGGAGGUGGUGCUCCGGGAGGCGUACGCGCACCCGGCGGUGGAGGGCAUCGUGUUCUGGGGCAUCAUGCAGGGCAAAAUGUGGCGCAAGGACGCCUGGCUUGUCGACGCCGACGGCACCGUGAACGAGGCAGGCCAGAUGCUCAUGAAUCUCCACAAGGAGUGGAAGACGGACGCGCGCGGGAACGUCGACAACGAUGGGAACUUCAAGUUCAGGGGCUUCCAUGGCAGAUACGUCGUGGAGGUUACGACGACGGCGACGGGGAAGGAGAUGCUCAAGACCUUCACCGUGGAGAAAGGGGAUAACACUCCUCUCCUGGUGGAUUUGGCGGAUGUCUGACGGUGAAUCUAUCUAAGGUAGGAGUACUUCUUACCAAUCUAAUUACAUCCAUGGUGAUUGAAGGGACGACACGUCAAGGAAUAAGGUUGUAUAAUUUUCACAUUUCUAAGGUAAAGGUAUUGUAUUUUGUGAGAGAAAUUAAGGUGUUGUAAUGCUAAAUCUGUGUGGGUCGCUCAGUUGUUAUAUUAUGAUGGUUUCGUCCGGUUUUCAUAUAUAACUUUGUAAUCUGGUUUUCAA